AUGGGUUUCAUUUCAAACCCUUUCUUUCAUCUCUUUCUUCUUUCUUUUCUCCUAUUUUCAACGUUAUCCUUCUCUGUUGCCUAUCCCAAUAUCAUUCACCCUUUUCAAGAUGAACAAUUUUCUGUCUUGGACGAUGGAUUGGGCACAAGAAAGAAUAGCAUUAAGGUCACCGAGGAAACCUCUACCAAAGAUUCAACCUAUUUGAUAUUGGCAGCAGAGAGGACUCACAGAAGAGACCCUCUUGAUGAUUACCAUUAUUACAGCGGUGGUUGGAAUAUUAAUGACCCACAUUAUGUAUUUUCGACAGGUUUUGCUUCCAUGGGUCCUUUCAUCGUUGCCGUUUUGUGGUUCAUCAUGUUUGGACUAUGGUUGUUUUGUAUGUGUAUCUGUUGUUGUUGUUGCUGCUGUCCUCGCAAACCUUAUGGCUAUUCCCAAAAUGCCUACACCCUGUCCCUCGUUUUGCUCUGCCUUUUCACUCUUGCAGUCCAAAUGGGAAGUGUGUUUAUAUUCGUUGGUGAAGAGAGAUUCGAGUCAAGCGCUGUUGAUGUAAUGAGCUAUGUUCUGCAUAGAGCAGACACCACCCUCGUUAACCUUAUGAACUUGUUUGAUCAUAUGAUGGCUGUUAAGGAUGUUGGGAUUGGAGACCUCACUUUACCUGACCAACAAAAGCAUGAUGUUGAUGAAAUUGGGGUUGUAGUCGAUGCAUUGUAUCGCUCUUUUCGCUCUGUUACUCAUCAGGACAAAACUGAAAUAGUAGACUUUCUAGAUCCCCUGAAGCAAUUGCUCAUUUUCGUUGCUGUUGUCAUGGUUGUUGUAGCGGUGCUUGGGUUCUUAUUUUCGAUUACUGGAGCUAACUGUCUUAUGUACACCUUAGUAAUAAUGGGGUGGAUUAUUGUGAGCGUAACAUUUAUUAUGAGUGGCAUAUUUCUUCUUGUUAACAACCUGAUUGGAGACACGUGUGUGGCGAUGACGGAGUGGCAGCAGAAUCCAAUGGCAGAUUCAGCUCUGGAGAAUAUAAUCCCAAAGGUAGACAACGAAACUACUCAUCUAAUUCUGUCUGCCACCAAGAAUGUUACAUAUGGAGUGGUUGAGGUGGCAAAUGCAUACAUUUCAAACGUCUCCAAUGCUGAUAAUAUGACACCUGAUGGGUGGCCCCUGUAUUCUAAUCAAUCUGGUCCGUUCAUGCCUUUGCUCUGCAACCCCUACAACACAAAUGAUAUGCAGCAUUGUGGAGCAGGUGAAGUUCACUUCAAGAAUGCAUCAGAUACUUGGAGUAAAUUCGUGUGCGAAGUUACAUGGGAUGGGAAUUAUUGCGUCACCCCAGGGCGGCUAACACCUCAGGCUUACAAACAGCUGACAGCUCUGGUGAACGCUAGCUCCGCUCUUUACGAUGGGAUUCCAUUUGUGGUGGAGCUAAUGGAUGGCACAUAUCUCACAAAAACACUUUCGGAUUUGAGUAUAGUGUACUGUUCUAAUCUGCAUGAAUACUCAGAGUGGGUGUACGCCGGCCUCAUAACAUCCUCCACAGCUCUCAUGCUCUCCUUGAUGCAAUGGUUGAUUCAUUCUGAACACCGAAGGCGCCGAGCGUAUACCAAGAAAGCUGAUGCUGCUGCUGCCGCUUUGUAUUCGAAGCAAGUUGCUUAGCAUGCAAUAUUCCGCUGUUUGUAUUUGAUUUCAAAUCUGGAUUUUCUUUCUAAGCUCCUACUUUCCUUUAAUUUAUUGCCAUUAUUAUCAUUUUUCCUGAGACAAAAGUCCUUUGAGGACUGACAAAUUCUAAGGCUGAUUUUCAAUUCUGCCAACUCCAUCCUAUACAAAAUACCUCAUAAACUGUUCUCUA